CGUGGUGGGCGGCGGCGGGCGGCGCAGCGGCCGGGGUCGCGGCGGGGAGGGAGCGGCGCUGCGGUGGUGUAUCUCCGUGGCCCUGUGCGCGGCCUUCCUGGGGCUGGGCAUGAGCAUCGCGGUGCUGGGGCCCACCUUCCCCAACCUGGCCGCCAACGUGCACAGAAACGUCAGCGACAUCUACUACAUCUUCGUGGGCCGGUCCCUGGGGUACCUGGGCGGGUCGGUGCUCGGCGGGGUGCUCUUCGACUGCAUGAACGCCCACCUUCUCCUCGCAUUAUCCAUGUUUGGGACGACGGUUGGUCUCUAUGGGAUACCCUGGUGUGAGAAAUCCCUGCUGUUAACUGCCUUGAUGUCAGUGAUUGGAGCUUCCAUGGGAAUUCUAGACACAGGUGGCAACGUGCUGGCGCUGAAUACAUGGGGAGAAGAGGCUGGGCCCCACAUGCAGGCCCUGCACUUCAGCUUUGCCGCUGGGGCAUUUGUGGCCCCAAUCUUGGCCAAAAUGGCCUUGGGAGGCUCCGAGUCUAAAGACCUUUUAGCAGCUGAAAGGACAAACCAGUCCGUCCCGAGGUCUGUGCCAGCAGCUUCAGCUGCCUCGGCUAUGUCAGUGCUGAAACAGCAUCUCAGGGCAGACUUUCUGUGGUCCUACAUUGUCAUAGGGACCUACCUCCUGUUAGUUUCUUUCUUCUUUUUCGUCUUGUAUUCAAGGGGCAGGUCAGCUCGAGACAAAUCAAAGGCUUCCCUGCAGAAGUGCAUGUUUGCCAAAUACCACUACACGCUUAUUUUCCUGCUGUUCAUAUUCUUCUUGUGCUACGUGGGAGCGGAGGUCACCUACGGCUCUUACAUAUUUACUUAUGCCAAGGUCUUUGCCGAGAUGAAAGAGAACGAAGCAGCUGCUCUGAACUCCGUCUUCUGGGGCGCGUUCGCCGCCUGCAGAGGGGUGGCAAUAUUCUGUGCCACCUGCUUGUACCCCGGCACCAUGAUCCUGCUGAGCAUCGUGGGCUCCGCCAUCUCCUCCUCAUGCCUGGCCUUCCUGGCCAGGUACCCGGCCUCCCUGUGGGCCGGCACGGCCGUGUACGGGGCCUCCAUGGCGACCAUCUUUCCCAGCGGCAUCUCCUGGAUCGAGCAGUACACGGUGGUGGAAGGCAAAUCCGCCUCCCUCUUUGUGAUCGGUGCGGCGCUGGGCGAGAUGUGCAUCCCCGCUGUGGUGGGCUACCUUCAGGGCAGGUUCCACCGCGUUCCCGUGGUGAUGUACACUGCCCUGGUGACCUCGGCCAUGACCAUUCUGCUCUUCCCUCUGAUGUACAAGCUGGCCAACUGCCCCCGCGAUGGCGGCUUGAAGGAGGUGAGUGAGAGCGAGGACCGUAAAGCUCUGUUGUCGAACUCGGGGCUUAAUGAGGAUGAAGAGGAUGAGGAGGAUGCGGGAGAGUGGAACGAAGCAGACUUUGAGGUAAUAGAAAUGAAUGACACGCUGAGAAACUCUGUGGUAGAGACCUCCCGUAAGAUAGUGGGGGACUCUCCAGUCCCGGUCUCUCUCCAGCCCCACCUGGACAAUGUGUUGUGCGAGUCACCUGCAGUUGCCGGCGGCUCCCCUGGGAGAAAAAAUGUGAGCGUGGAUCGGGAGAAGAACGAUUAAAGCCCAAGCUGACUGACUGCUUUUGUUAAAGGGAGAUGCACUUGAGUUGCAGCUGUUCCUGCACAGUGGCUCGGCCGCCCAUUCUGGCGGCGCACAGCCCAGACUGUUUGUUCCUCAGUGUGUGUCCACUCCCUCUCCCCAUUCAUUUCCAGCUGCAGCGAUGCGUCCCGGAGGAGGAAAGUCCAUGAUGACGUGAAUGGGGUAACAUGGUAACGUGUAGCGACUCUGCCCAAAGUGUUAAAACCUAAGAGAUGUUACCUAAAGGUGAGGCAUGCCGUUUCAGUAAUAAGGGCUCUGGUAAGAACUGACUAGGACAGAAAAGGAUGAGAUCUCAGACCACUGUUUUUGGGGCUGGGUGAGAGGUGCAGUUCUGAGGUGCUUGGUCACCAGAUGUUUUCACGAGAGAGAACUCUGAUCUGAGAUGCUGAGCUUUCUUGCCUCUUGGGAGAAGAAUGUUUCUGCUGCAUUGGAAGUCAGUGUGACGUACAUAAACCAGGGAGUCAAGUCAAAUAAAUCAGGUAACCUAUUGGCAAACUAAGGCACUACGACGAGAAAAACAAUUAGAAAUCAAUUUUAGGAGUGGAACCAUGUCUCUGGGUGAUUUAAAAGUGGAUGUGAGAAGGAGGAUAAAAUGGGUCGUAUUAAUCUGCUAUAACGUGUAGCUCCAAGUUACUGGUUAAACAGUGGUGACAAAUCUAAAUAGACAAAAGUCCUCCUGGUUGUUACUGCAGUACCAGUGCAAUCAAGGAAUGUAUGAAGAUGGUGAAAUUGUAUAUGAACAGAUUGCUUAAUAUAUGGCAUGGCAUUGAUGUAGGGCUGUGAUUGAUUUGUUUAAAUUAAGGUUCUGAGAACUUUUCUGGCAUCCUGUGCCAUGAUUUUAACAUGGUGCUGUGUUAAAAAGACAAUUUGAGGACUGAGAAUAGGGGCCAAGAUGAUCCUUCUGGUUGUGCAGUACGGUCCCUUGCCCCCGGCAAGUGCCACAUGGGGAGGGGUUUCUUCAGGCAGUGGCCUCUUCCUGGUGGUGCAGCAGCGGUUGGUCCUGGUGGUGCAGCAGCGCUUGGGCGUUGUAGGUUCGUUGCUGUGAAGCAGCAAGAGCUGGGGAGGACUCAGGGGGGACCAGUCGUGUCCACGUGUCCUCAGCAAGAGUGAAAAAAAAAGCGGUAGCUAACAGCAGAAAUCUGACACUGCAGUCCUGACGCUUGUCUACUUGAAACUCCACGUUUGUUGAUGACUUGUUUUUCUUAAGGCUGCAUGAUCAGAGUGUGCUCAUGUUUGGGCUUUUUUUACCCUUUGCGGUUUUAUUAGUACUUUUCUUUCUGGGAAGUUACCAACACAAGAGCUCUGGCUGUAACACAGCGGGGAACCUGCGCUGGUCGGUGUAUUUUCAGAUCUGAGUUUGUUCUUUCUCUUGUCCUCUUGAGUGUGCAGCCUUGAAUCUCAUGGCUUUUGCCUUUCUUCUAAAUUAGUAGGAUGAAGGAAUCAACUUGUAGUGAAAAUACAUCGUUUUGGCAUCUUGCCUUGUCACGGGGCCUCCCUCUCCCUCUGUGGUUGGCACUUGAAUGCCAUUGGUGUUUUUGCCUGAUUCCUUUUCCUUUUCUUGUGUGUGUUAAGUGCAUUGCUGUGGCAUCUUUUCCAGUGCAGUGCAUGAACCUGCACUUUGAAACAUGGCCUUGUUUCACUUGCUACUCAAGGGUUCUCUUCUUUGCUUAAAAUAAUGGCAAAUGCUUCUAAGUAUCAGCUCAGAUUCUGUUUGAGGUCCACGUGACAGCAUUUGCUCAACAGGCGUAAGCCUGGGUGGCCUUAGGGGAGCAGCUGCUUUCAUAGGCUGAUGAAUGGAAAUGGUUUGGUGGCAGCUCGCUGCUGGAACUGCAGCGCGUAGGCUUGGCCUGCACGCAGGACGAGUGAAAGAGUUUCCCUGUACCCAAGAUCAAGGGGCCAGAAGAGAAGUAGUUUAAGAAACCCGACAACUGGGAAGAUUUUUAAAUACCCCCCCCCCAUUUACACGCUAAUUUUUGGAAUGCCAUUCCUAAUUGGAAUGUCCCACACCUGAGUUUGUCUUCAGGGGCAGCUGUAACAAGUCCUGCACAACACCGUGCUGAAAACCCAGAAACUGAAAUUAAAGCCACACUGGGAAAAGUGCUGUAACUUCUUUGAACUGUGUCUCUCUACUGCUCGUACAGGCAGCUCCUGUGUGCUUCUGACUGACGUCUUCCUAACGAAUGUAAAAAUACCGGGCAAAACAAACUUGAGUUUUGUUCUUUCUUUCCACAUACAAUAAUUAACUGUAUUGAUUCCUGUGUGAGUUGCUUGAAUUCAUCCCUGUUUUUCCCCCUUUAAAAGCAGGAGGCUGGUGGAGUAGGAAUAGAGCAACAGCCUGGAACGCCAAGGGAAGAGCAGCCCUUUGGCCAAAGUAAAGGAUGCAAAGAGCAGUGGCAGGAGAACAGAGUCAAGUUACCUUGACUGGUGCUGUGUAGAAUCAGGUUCGCUUGAUAUGUGGAGGCCUUUGUUUGGAUGGCAUCUAAUUUUUGAGUCAUCUUAGUGAGCAUUUGGAGCCUUCAGUCUUAGUCCUGGCCUCAAACUUGAAUCUACUUAUAGAAUUUGUUCUCCUUAUCUGCUAAAAGCAUGCUUUUUAUAGCAGGGGCUGCCCUAUAGUGAAAAAGAAAUGUCUAAAGCACUUUAUUAAAACAGAUCUAGGACCCUUCCAACCAGGAGUCCAGCUCAUGGCAGUUCUAGACAUUCUGGCAUGUUCAAGGCUGGAGCUUCCCUCAUUUUUGGAUGUUGGUGUUCCUCAAGGCUUGGUUUAGACAAGGAGUGUUAGUUUUCACAUGUUUAAAUUUUGUUACAAAGUAAACUGCUUCUUGGCAUAGAUGAGGAUCUGUUUACAGUUUGGAUCUAUUUACAGUGCCUUUUGAGUUACAGACCCUCCAGAAAGCUUAAACCCUUCGCCUGAGGUGUUACGGGGUGAGAUCAUGACUUGAAGCAAGCGGUGUUACUUUGCCAUUGCCUUGCUGACGCCAUAGAAGAGUCAUUCGUGGGUUGAGGACAGCUUUGUGGUCUGUGGAUUAGGUAUCUGAAUGUAUUACGAAUCCAGUAUGCGUUGCAGGAAAGCACUUGCCCCUUUACUCCCCCUGCAGUUCAUUCAGUGUGGUGUCGGAGGUGCCCUGCAGGUGCAAGAUCAGGCAAAGGCUACAGCCUCGAGGGCUUGGGGUUUUUUAAUUACUUUGCAUAAAAUAGCAUUGCAGCCUGUGGGUGGUCUAGUAUAUAUUUAAUAGUUUUUAUUCUGCUUGGUGUGGGUUUCCGUUGUACUGUAUAAUGUGACAUUUGGCAGACUGACCUGUAUCUUGAAUGUAAUAAAUUCUUAACUGGAGAAGGCACUCAGGUUCCUUGAUGUAAAUAAAGUUUUGUUCUAUUUUUCAAAGCUAC